GCAUGAUAUAAUGAUGCAAUGCACAGCAUGCUAUUGAGUGUAAUCAUGAUAAAGCUUUGAUGCAUGCGGCGAAGCAAGUAAAAAGUGAGGCCGGUAUAUAUUUUGAAUAUAUAAUGGGGGAGAAGAAGAAGAAGAAAGAUAUGCCGAGUGGCAGGGUCUGGUUUUCGUUGAAGAGAUCUAUGCAGUGCAAGUCAUUAGAGGCAUCAGAAGUGGGGAGGCCGAAGAGCAGCUGGGGUUGCUCUCGCUCAAUAUCAAACCUCAAAGAUGUGGUCAUCCACUACGGAAGCAGGAGGCACUUGGAAAAGGCAGGCAGCUGCAGCCCAACAUCCAUUGGGAGCACUGACUUCCUCACCCUGCAUCCACUUGUUCUGCAUCAUACCAGCAGCGGCAGCAGCGGCAGGUGUAGUGAACUCAGAAUCACACGAUUUGCAAGCGGUGGCGGCGGAGGCGGGUCGUUUGUGGGUACCCUUAGACCCGGUACUCCUGGCCCUGGCCCUGGCCCGGCUCCAGGAGGACACCACCACCACCACCAUCAUCGUCGUGCAUCAUCAGCUCAUCACUAUUUGAACUCUUUUUCCCUUACUAGGAACACAACCACCCCUGCUUCAAGGGGGAGGAGGCCAUGGGCUUCUUCUUUGGGAGAAAAAAGCCAAGGCCUUGAGUUGUCUUCAAAACUAAGGGCUGCUUCUCUUUCCCUUGAGAGAAAUGCAAGUAUCAAUAAUGGAUCAUCACCUUCUUCUUCAUCAGUUACCUGCCACAAGUGUGGAAAACAGUUUAGUAAAUGGGAAGCUCUUCAACUCCAUCAUCUUUCCCAUCAUGCAGACUUCUCCCCUGCCACUUUCCCUUUCGCCGAUCGCAACUUCGAUCUCCAUCAUCAACGACUUCAUCGGCGUCAUCUGCUCUUUUCUCUCCCAGAGUCGAUGACGAGCUCAGAUCCAUGGGAGGAAGAGAUGUUUGCGAUGAAUUGCAGAAGAUGGCAACGUCUGCGCAAUGUUACGGCAUCGGAGUGACUGAACUUUUGGAAGGUGACUCCUCAAGGAAAAUAGUGGAGAUUAUAUGCCGGUCGAGCUGGCUGAAAAAAUCCGGCAGCGGCAUUGAGAGAGUUUUGAAAGUUCACAACACACAGAAAACUGUAGCGAGGUUUGAAGAAUACAGGGAGAUGGUGAAGGCGAGGGCCGGAAAACUGGCGAAGAGGCACCCGAGGUGCCUCGCCGAUGGGAAUGAGCUCUUAAGGUUCUACGGGACCACCGUGGCAUGCUCUCUCGGCGACAGCGGUGGGCCCUGCACCCUCUGCACCUCCGACAAAUGCCACGUCUGCCAAGUCAUCAGAAAUGGCGGGCUGUCCAUCAAAGACGGCAGUGGAAUCGGAGGAGGCGUGUUCACCACUUCCACAAGCGGCAGAGCAUUAGAAUCCAUACAACUCUCUGCUGCUGCUGCUGCUGCAGCAGAUGGAGAAGAAGACAGUAAUCCGCCGCCAUUGUACCAAAGAAAAGCUGCUUUGAUAGUGUGCAGGGUCAUAGCUGGUAGAGUGCAUAGGCCUCUGGAGAAUAUUCAAGAAAUGGCGGGUCAGACUGGUUUUGAUUCCUUGGCUGGGAAAGUUGGUCUCCAUUCCAAUAUAGAGGAGCUUUAUUUGCUUAGUCCUAGAGCUCUGCUCCCCUGUUUUGUGGUCAUCUGCAAAUCCUACUCCCCAUUUUCUCUUCUUAAAUAACACUGCAUAUAUACCCGACGUAAAUGGUAGUAGUAUCUUUCUUGUUAUUUGCCUGGAAAUGACAUGUGUACUCAUUUAUUUGCAUCUUUUCACACAUUAAUUAGGUCGAUUUGUGGUCUCACGUAAUCAAUGUCCGUCAAAAAAGUGUCCC